GUCGUGCAAAGCACGUGGGUUUUGUCCGCGUGGCGCUGGCGUCGCCAUAUUCCCCUGCUCACUGGGUCGUCGUAGGGAGUGGAUUGGGACAGGAGUACGGCGGUCUGGUGAUCGUUUUUACUAAAAAUGAGCGAUGAAGAACGAGACGUGGACAUCGAAAGUGACGAGGAAGAGCUAGGCCUAACUUCGGGCGAUAUAUGGACAAGCCUAAAUAAGCACGGAGGUAUUCCAUACCUGAACCAGGCAGACAAGCGAGCACACCACAAUGCACUGGAACGGCGGCGUAGAGACCACAUCAAGUACAGCUUCAGCAGUCUACGGGAUGCUGUACCAUCCUUGCAGGGCGAGAAGUACUCUGCUGGGGGCCGCAGUGUGAAGAGGGUUGAUGGAUCAGCACGUGCGCAGGCCUCCCGCGCCCAGAUCCUCAAGAAGGCGGCCGACUACAUCCAGACCAUGCGCCGGAAGAACACUGCACACCUGCAGGACAUUGAAGACCUCAAGCAACAGAACAAGCUUCUUGAAGAGCAGAUCCGAUCGUUGGAGAAGACCAAGAUGUCAGGUGGCAGCUACUCAUCUGGGUCGGUCCUAGACACAAUGAACAUGAAGGGAGACUCCAUCUCCGCGUUCGACGGAGGCUCCGGCUCCGAAAGCUCGGAAGACACCGACAAUUCCUCCCGUAGCAGCCGUAAGAAGCUCAAAUCCAGCCCUGGGUCCACACCCCUACAUUCAUAGAAGAGCCCCCCCCUUCCCACACACUGUUUAUAAAUGGACCUACGUCAUCGAUUGCUCGUCUUGCAUAGUUUCCCCCCUGCCUCCCCUUCAAAGUGGUCUUCUGGUCGAAGGAAUGUGAAACAGGAACAGAGACUGUGUGCGUGCCGCCGCCUGCAAGAAAAAGAAGAAGAAAAAGAAGAAAAAAAGAGGAUGCAAGCAGUGAAGACGUCUCUCUGCCAUUGUUACUUGUUCUCCGUGUUUAGGGAAUAGCCCACGACCCGACCAAAGCAGCGUUCAACGUGAAAAGAGUAUAAAGUGGCUCUGCGCAUGUU